AAGUAAGGAGACACGAUGGCUAAGUUUGCUGUGGCUAAUCUCUUGAUCCUUCUUUUGAACUUGGGUGCUUUGCUUACUUCAAUUGCUUGUCCUUCUUGCCCUAAACCACCAAAGCGUCCUCCAAUAAAGCCACCAAAGCCUCCUGUGACUCCCCCAAUAAAGCCACCAAAGCCUCCUAUAAAGCCACCAAAGCCUCCAGUGACUCCUCCAGUAAUACCAACACCACCAAUUCUUCCUCCACCAGAGCCUCCAGUAAUACCAACACCACCAAUCGUGAAGCCACCACCAACACCACCAAAGCAAGAGACUUGCCCCAUUGACACUCUCAAGUUAGGCGCAUGUGUGGAUGUCCUAGGUGGACUAAUCCACGUUGGUAUUGGCAGUAGUGCCAAGGAUGAAUGCUGCCCACUGCUGGAAGGUCUUGUAGACUUGGAUGCUGCUUUAUGCCUUUGCACCGCUAUCAAGGCUAAACUUCUCAACAUCAAUCUUAUUAUACCCAUUGCUCUUGAGCUCCUUGUUGACUGUGGCAAGACCCCACCUGAAGGGUUCAAGUGUCCUUCCUAAUUAUAUAAUAGGUUGUGCUGCAACUCACAGAGUAUACAUGUGUGGGCUUGAAAGCAUAAUUAAAGAAUAACUGCACGAGGGAUCUUCAAAUGGCUAGAAUGAAGCAUUUUUAUAUAGGAUAUCUUGUGUUUUGCUCUCCUAGAGAAUUUUCUUCUGUUCUUCUUUCCCUUUUAUAGAGAAUAUAUUGCGUGUUAAUUUGUUUUACUUCUUGUUUACCUAUUAUGGCUAUGCUUUGUUAAGGGCCAGGGGUUGAUGUUCUUCGUGUACCCACUACUUGAAAUUAAUAUUAUAAAAAUUUGGUUCCAUCUUA